GCGCUCCAGCCUCUCCUGGCUGCGUUUUUACGCGCUCGGUACCCUUGGGCCCGGGCCUUCGAGGAGGAGUUGAGGGGUGUCCUCCGACUCGGGGGGGUGCUCGGCCUUGGCCCCGGGGAGCCGGGAGGACCCGGCGAUCGUGCCGGAGGAGGUAGAAGAAGAGGAGGAGGAGGAGGAGGGCAAGCCGGGGCCAUGGUGCAACAAACCAACAACGCGGAGAACACCGAAGCGCUCCUGGCCGGCGAGAGUUCGGACUCCGGCGCCGGCCUGGAACUGGGCAUCGCGUCUUCGCCCACUCCCGGGUCCACGGCGUCCACGGGGGGCAAAGCCGACGAUCCGAGCUGGUGCAAGACCCCCAGCGGCCACAUCAAGCGGCCCAUGAACGCGUUCAUGGUGUGGUCGCAGAUCGAAAGGCGCAAGAUCAUGGAACAGUCGCCCGACAUGCACAACGCCGAGAUCUCCAAGCGGUUGGGCAAGCGUUGGAAGCUCCUCAAGGACAGCGACAAGAUCCCUUUCAUCCGGGAGGCGGAGCGGCUGCGUCUCAAGCACAUGGCCGACUAUCCCGACUACAAAUACCGGCCUAGGAAGAAGGUGAAAUCGGGGAAUGCCUCCUCCGCCUCCUCCUCCUCCUCCUCCUCCAAGCAGGGGGACAAGGGAGACCAUCACCAUCCCCACAAAGUCGGCGCUAGUAGCUGCAACAGCAACAGUAACUGCAACAGCAACGCCGGCAGCAACUGUAACGGCUCCAAAGCGGCCCCCAAGAAAAGCUGCGCUUCCAAAGUGGCCGGAGGCACCGGGGGCAUCAGCAAACCUUACGCUAAGCUCAUCCUAGCCGGGGGCAAGUCGGCUGCCACUGCUGCUGCAGCGGCCUCCGGCUCGACCACUCCUAGCCACUCCAGCGCCUUUGCUGCCGCCGCUGAGCAAGUAGGCACCGCCACCCUGUUGCCCCUGGGCACCACCGAGCUGUACAAGGCACGGACUCCGGGUUCCAGCAAUGCCUUGGUCUCCUCCUCCUCUGCAACCUCUUCUGCUGCUGCUGCUGCUGCCUUGCAGCACCACUCCAGCAAGCACCUGGUGGCCGAUGGCAAGAAGGUGAAACGCGUCUACCUGUUUGGAGGCCUCGGGGGCGCUUCGGCGGGCACCAUAGGCACCCCCGCAGUGGAUCCCAGCGAUCCACUGGGUUUGUACGAGGAUGGGGUCGGUGCCAGCUGCUCCCCCGACGGCCGCAGCAGCAGCAGCAGCGCCGGGUCCUCCCCUGCUGCAGGCCGCUCGCCCGCAGAGCACCGGGGUGGGCCCUAUGCAGCAGGCCUGCGGGCCACCUCGCCUGCCCCUUCCAGCGCGCCUUCGUGCCACUCGUCUUCUUCUUCUUCUUCUUCAUCGUCCACGUCGUCUUUAUCCUCCUCGUCGUCGUCGUCGGGCUCGUCCUCUUCGUCCUCCUCCGACGACGAGUUCGAGGACGACCUCCUCGACUUGCACCCCAGCUCGAACUUCGAGAGCAUGUCGCUGGGCAGCUUCAGCUCCUCGUCGGCGGCUCUCGACCGGGACCUGGAUUUUAACUUCGAACCGGGUUCGGGUUCGCAUUUCGAGUUCCCGGAUUAUUGCACCCCCGAGGUGAGCGAGAUGAUCUCGGGCGACUGGCUCGAAUCCAGCAUCUCCAACCUGGUUUUCACCUACUGA